AUGCAGGAGCGCAGCAUGGGGUGGCGCCACGUGAGCGCCGCACCCAUGCUAGGCCGCGCCAACAGGUGGCUGGCCCUGUCCAUGUGCGCUGCACUCAUCCUGGCAUCCGGGCAGUUGGGCGCGGUCGCUCAAGCACAGCAGGAGCAACAGCCGCAAACAGGCGGCAACGGCCAAGGCGGCAGGCCCGAGUCGCCACUGGCGGCGCCCCAACCGCCGCCGCAGGCGCCCGCGCCCGCCCAACUGCCCGCGGCCGGGCCUGGGGCGCCGCAACCAGGGGCCGGGGGCGAGGCGGUGGCGCCGGCGGCAUCUCAGGGCACAGGUCAGCUAGCCAGCGCCCAGGGCCAAGAGCAGCAAGAGGUUCAGGAGGGAGGGCAAGCUGUGCAAGCGCAGGCGGGCCCGUCCGAGCAAG